AUUAUGUCCCUGUUUGGCAACAAAAACACUACUCCGCUAGACGCCUUCCUCAACCGCCCGCGCCCAUCGGCCUGGCAGCAGUUUCUCAGCCAGCCUUGUGUCUUCCUCGCACGCAAGGUGUAUACUUGGCAACAAGUAAUCCCCGCCCAACCACUUACUAACCCUGUCUCCGUCGUUUGCAUAUCCGACACGCACAACUCUCAACCGGCUCUUCCAGAUGGCGAUAUCCUCAUUCACGCUGGAGAUCUGACCCAGUCUGGAUCUCCGAAGGAGCUACAAGCAGCAGUGGACUGGCUACACGCACAGCCACACACAAUUAAAGUCGUUAUUGCCGGGAACCAUGACCUGUGUCUAGACGCCAAUUUCCCCCAUGUAGCUGGUCAUGCGUCUUCAACGUGUACCUCUAGGCCCUGGGGGGAACUAAUCAACUGGAGGGAUGUAACGUACCUCCAAGACGCAGAAACAACCGUUACAUGCGAUAACGGGCGCCAUCUACAUAUUUACGGCAGUCCAAACUCACCCCGUCACGGUAACUGGGCCUUCCAGUAUCCUCGAUCCCAGGAUAUCUGGUCAGGCAAGGUACCGGAUGAUAUCGAUAUCCUUGUAACGCACGGCCCGCCUCGAGCACAUCUCGAUCUAUUGAAUCUUGGCUGUGUGCAUCUGCUACAAGAGCUCUGGCGUGUUCGUCCGCGGUUACAUGUAUUCGGGCAUGUCCAUGAAGGCGCGGGGACUGAGUGGCUUCAGUUCGAUGCAUUGCAGGAUGUAUAUGAGCGCACUGUAGUCUCAAAGGGUGGGAUUUGGAACCUUGUUCAGGUAAUAAAGGCAUUUGUAGAGAAAUGCUUCAGCCCGAGUACUGAAGCGAGGUGUCUUCUUGUGAACCCAGCUAUUGUCGGUGGCCUUCGGGAUGACGAACGUCGACGACCUGUCAAAGUCAUCAUUUGAAACAACCUGUUAACCCUGGCUUGAGCUUGGGUAGCCCGACUACGUGUUAAAACAGCUUAUGAAGUGCUGGAGAUAUCAGCCAGGUCAACCCCUUCCAAACGGUCGUUCGGCCUUUUGGUGUAGUGGUCGAAUUAGAAAAUCUCAUUUAUCUCUCCUAAGCUGAGAAGGACAGGAAACCAACGAAAGGGUCGCAACUUCCGCUAAGGAUCGUAACAGUGGAUGAAAAAGGAAGCAGCUCCAAUG